AUGGAAAAAGUCAACCAAACCAGUAGUGUCUCUGAGUUCAUCCUCUUGGGACUCUCCUCCCUGCCUGAAGACCAGAAGCCACUCUUUAUCCUCUUCCUCACCAUAUACCUGGUCACCAUAAUAGGGAACCUACUCAUCAUCCUGGCCAUCCACUCUGACUCCCAGCUCCAGAACCCCAUGUAUUUCUUCUUGAGUUUCCUGUCCUUCACUGACAUUUGCUUUACAACAACCAUUGUCCCCAGGAUGCUAGUGAACUUCCUGUCAGAGAAGACCAUCUCCUAUGCUGGGUGUCUGACACAGAUGUAUUUCAUUUAUGCUCUGGGCAACACUGACAGCGGCCUUCUGGUGGUCAUGGCCUUUGACCGCUAUGUGGCCAUCUGUGACCCCUUCCACUAUGUCACCACCAUGAACCACCACCGCUGUGUCCUGCUGGUGGCCUUUUCCUGUUCAUUUUCUCACCUCCACUCACUCCUACAUACACUCCUACUGAAUCGUCUCAAUUUCUGUGACUCCAGUAUUAUCCAUCAUUUCCUCUGUGACAUCAACCCUCUGCUAAAAUUGUCCUGCUCUUCCACAUUUGUCAAUGAAAUUGUGAUAAUGUCAGAAGGUUCUGUUGUUUUGGUGACCCCCUUUCUGUGCAUUACUUUCUCUUACAUACGAAUUUUCAUCACAGUUCUCAAGAUACCCUCAGCUGCUGGGAAACGCAAAGCCUUUUCCACCUGUGGGUCUCACCUCACUAUGGUAACACUCUUUUAUGGAAGCAUCUUUUAUGUCUAUUUACAGCCCUUGUCCACCUACACUGUUAGAGAUCACGUGGCAACACUUGCCUACACAGUUCUGUCCUCCAUGCUAAAUCCUUUUAUCUAUAGUCUGAGAAACAAAGACAUAGAAAGGGGCCUGAGGAAGCUGAUGGCCAGGAGGAAGUCCUAGCCAGA